AACCUAACUUAAUACGGUACUUCUAGCUUCCAUCCGACUCGCAGAAAAUGGUACUUAACCCAUUCGUAGCUCUGUCUUGCUGAAUGUCAAAUUUGUAUGAUCCGAUAAAAUAAGCGUACCUCAGAUACCAUAGCUGCUAAAAGGUUAAAUAAUGAAUCGAUAUAUAACGUCAGUAAAAUUUAUAUCUGCUGUCGUACCACGUAGGUGUUACUCGCAAUAAUUUAUUGAAAUAAAAUUAAUAGAUGGAAACUAUCUUGAUUUAUCAAUUCCAAGGUGGUACUAAUUCUCUUAGACGAAUUUAUCUGUCUACGUAAAAAAUAAAAAUCACAUCCAAUAAUUAUCUAGAUAUCUGUAUAUAUUGUUGAUGCGACACUCCAUGUGAGAGAGAUAGACAUGUAUACCCCCAGGAGGGAGUUAAUCAGACAUAUUUAUCAUAAAGGCUAAGGCCUGCGCCUUCCUAAGAGGCAGUUCAGCGUGACUUCUCAGGAAGUCAUAUGCUUUCUUUGCCCCGCCAUAUACAAUAGCUCGUAAUAAUAGUAGUCAUUAAAUAGUUUGUCAUAUUUAUCAGUGAAACAGUGCAACUGAAAAUGCCGACCGAUGAAAUAAUGUUUAAAUUUUAUAAAUUAUGCACAAUAUGCAUUGUUGUUUUUCCAUUAUUCGUUGGAGCGGCUAAUUUACACCAAAGUCAUGAUAUUUCACGAAGAUCAUUGCUACAUGUAGAAACGAACUCGUUAAAUUGGCCAGGAACAGACGAAUUGUCCAAUAGCCCUAUAAUAGUACGUUUGCUAGCAAGAGAGACUACUGAGGAAAACUGUACAUCACGUUCAAUAAAUGAAUUUCCAAAUGAUUUAUUUACAAAAACUCAAAGGAAACAUGGGGCAUUACUGUUCCAUGCACUCUUCGCUGUAUACUGUUUCACUCUCACCGCAUUUGUCUGCAAUGAUUACUUAUUACCCGCAAUGGACUGUAUCUGUACGGACCUCAAAAUCAGCGCAGACGUAGCGGGUGCGACUUUCCUGGCGACGGCUAGUUGCUUCCCUGAGCUUUUCGUGAACGUCGUCGGGACCUUUUUGACACAAUCCGAUCUUGGCGUUGGUACAGUCGUCGGUAGUGCCGUCUUCAACAUCUUUGCGAUUCCCGCCUGCGGAGCUUUAUCUACUGUACAGGGAGUCAAACUAGACUGGACCGUACUAGCUCGAGACAGUCUUCUGUACACAGUAGCGUUAGCGGCAUUGAUCAUCUCUAUGUGGGAUGGAUAUAUCACUUCGUACGAAGCAGUAUCUCUCACAACACUCCUUCUUGCCUACUAUGGCUUCCUCUUCUUCAACAAAAUUAUUUACCGAUUCUUCAGCAAGACCCUCUCGUGUUCUUCAACGGGCUCUGAACUAAUGGACGAAAAAUCACCCGAUUCACCAACGAACGAUCUGCCCGUAGGAACUUACAAGCCGUUCUAUCACGGAGAACUAGUGUUGGAGUAUAGGAAAAGUUUUAGAAAAUCCCACAAGAAGGAUCCGUCCAACAUGGAAGCAAAUACUGUGAUUCCCGAAGAACCACCAAUCGAAGAAUACGUAGAGCCAGAUACCCCAUUCAAUUGGCCAAAAGGAAGAACAUUGGAAAAAGUAUGGUUUUUCUAUACGUGGCCAUUGAGGCUUAUACUCUUCAUAACCAUACCUGACACAAGAUAUAAGAAGAUGCGAAACUGCUAUCCAUUAACCUUCAUUAUAUGCGUCAUUUGGAUUGCGAUAUCAUCCUAUUUGGUAUCCUGGAUGAUAACUGUAAUAGGCGACACAUUAGGUAUCGCUGAUUCCAUUAUGGGUAUCACAUUCUUGGCGGCUGGAGGUAACAUGCCUGAAUUCAUAUCCAUUAUUAUUCUUGCAAAACAAGGCAAUGGCGACAUGGCGAUGAGUAAUUCAUUUGGAUCUAACAGCCUGGACAUACUGUUAUGUUUGGGCUUACCCUGGACUUUGAAAACAUUAAUUUUCAGCACCAAUGUAGAAAUUGUAUCGCAUGCCCUUGUCUACAGUGUCAUAGGUAUAAUCAUUUGCAUAAUUGCACUCUUCAUCGUGUCGGCCAUGACUAAAUUCUGGAUAAACAAAAAAGUCGGCCUGGCCUGUCUCCUCAUGUACGCAAUUUAUCUCGUUCUGGCGAUACUCGUAGAGUCAAACGUAUUCUUCUUCGUGAAUUGGCCGAUGUGCGACGACUGAGAAUGAUUGUUGACUGGGAUAUGAAACGUAGAAACGUCUAUGAUGAAUUUCAUAUCUGGAGUAGGCAAUGGGUCACGUGGAAUGUAACAUGAAUUUCAUGGACAUUUGCCUUGUGGUUUUUUAACUCAGUUAAGACAUUACUCGUAGAGUUUUCUCCUUCAUCGUCAUUCCAAUGUGUUUCUUUCGUAGCACGUAAAACUUCGUACCUGUUAAAAAUUUAAUCUACAGUGCCGGCCAAAAGUAUUGGCACAGUGAAAUAAGGUUCUGGAGUUUGAUCAGAGUUCUGUAUGAUGUCUCUUUCAUAUAUGUAAUUCCUGUAUGAGGGAAAUUGCGUUAGUUUUAGGAUAUAAAUUAGCGGCUUGAAUUUUUUUCUCUCCACAGCCAUUCACGAUCAACGAUUAUCUCAUGUGCACGUGCAAUAACAGAAGCGCGUAAAGAAAUGUCUUUAGAAGCGUUUUAUGUUCGUGCCAGAACAUUAGUGCAGUAACGUGUUAGAAGCUUUUUCACAUAGCGUUAUAUCUUAUGAUAGUAUUUAAUUAUUUUUAAUGCUCGUUAUACCAUUAAGUAUUAAAAUAUAUUAUAAUUUUAUGUGCGAACUGCGGGAUACCUUAUCACAGGUUAUCUAUAGCAAAGUUGAGUAUACCGGUGUACGAAAUGGUAUAUAUACCCCUUUUAGAAUUGAAGUUCCUUCUUUUGAGAGACAUUGGAUACGCGAUAAUUAUUUUGAAGUUUUAGUAAAGAUAUAACAGUAAUGAAAUAUGGGGUAUUUUAUCUAUGGGUGUUGCAAUACGGAUUAGAUGCAUAUUUUGAUUCUCAAAAAAAAUAUGCAUUCAUUUUUUUCACAUGGUAUAUGUACUCUUUUGGAAAACUGUAUGUGACCAAAUUUUAAUGACAAGUUACACUGAUACAUUUGUUAUAGUCACUUGUUUCAAGUUGAUGUCGACAAGUUUCAGAUGAUAUUAUAAAGGGCGUGUUCCGAAAUGUACUGACAGUACUGCCAGUACCGUAACCAACGCUGUGUCCUUAUUUAUCCAUAAGCAUUUAUAAGAGAUGUAAUUACUUUUACAUAACUAUCUGUAAAUUUCGCGACACACCCAAAUACGUUGUUUCGCAUUUAGUUUUAUUAUAUUAUAGCCGUUUUUAAAUUGAGGGUACCAGCAAUCAGCUGUCAGAUUUCGAGGUUAUAUAAUAAAUCGUUGUGUGGUUCUUGGUACCUGGUUAAAUACAGUACGUUGUCUGUAAAUUGAACUAAUUGUCUCUUAUACCCGAACACAAUUAAUUGAUUUUAUUCGCGUACGUGGAAACUUGAUUGCUCGUAAUUUUAUUUCAUUAUAUUUUGAAAAUUGAUUUACUUUAGACUUCCGUAAAGAGAUUAAAGUUUAUGCAUAUGAAUGUGUGUAUGUACAUGUGUAAAUAUAUUGAUAUAAAAAUAGUAUGGGAUAAGUAAAAGUAGAUAUAUUGUAAUGAACGAAUGAAUGAACAAUUUAAUAUAUUAUCGCAAGAAAAUUAAUGGAAUAGGGUAAA